AUUGAAAGAUUGAAGGAUAUUCGACUGGAAAAACUGGCUCGGGUUAAGGCUGUUGAAAAGGAGAGAAAUGAAUUGGAGUCUGUUAAAGAUGAAGCUGUCGCCUUUCUGCGUUUGCUUAACAAAAUGACCCGUAUUAAAAAUGUCAUCUAUCAGAAGAACCAACUGCAAGAGCAAAAUAAUGAAGCCCUUUAUCGUGAACAACUUGUGGAGGUUGAGCAGAAAGUUGAGCAAUUCGCAAAGGAGAUAACAACUCUUCUAGAGGAAUUGAACCAACUCAAAUGCAAACGUGACGAGAGUGACAAACAGUCCGCCACAUUGCAAGAACAACAUCGUGAAGCCAAAGCCCGUUUUGCGGGUUUCGAAGCUGAAGAUAGUCAAAUCCGCGAUGAACAUGCUCAUCUCAAGGCUCAGGGCAAGCGCAUCGUGAAAGCCCUCGUAGCGGAACGCAAGAAGCUGGAAGAAAUUCGCCGAUUGCCCGACGAGGCUGAAGAUCGUCGAAAGACCCUCCAAAUCCAGCUCGAGGAAUUGAAUGCCAAUCGAGCUAAGCAGGAGGCCAUUUACAAUGAAACCAUGGAGAUUCUCUCGCAAGAAACAGCUCCUUUAAGGAAUAAGAUGGCGGCUGCUGAGUCCGCCCUAGCACCGGUUCAAAAAGCCGCCGAUGAAGCCGCUUCAAAGUUGGCUAUUGCUAAACAGGAAUUGGAUUUGGCAAUGUCUGCUGUUCACAGGGAAGAGGAGAGAGCUCGAGAGGCGAAAGAGGGGGCUCAGUCGGCUCAAAAUAGACUUGUCGAGAGGGAAAGGCAAUUGCGAGAUGCUAAGAAAUUGGCUGGACCUCAACAGCUAAGCGAGCUGCAAAAAGCUCAGGUGGAUUUAGAAAAAGCGAAAGUGGAAGAAAAAAAUCUUUCUGAUGAAGUGAAUCAACUCAGAUCGUCACUGGCUGAAGCCAAAUCAGCCUUCCACGUAAGUCUAUCUUAA